UAUAAUGAUAAUUCAAACCAGCCAGCCACACGUCUUUUUAAUUUAAUGUAAAACAUUUAUAUUCGUCAAUAGCUACCUAGUUUUCGGGGCAGCAAUGUCAAGCCGGAGGAGUGAAGCCCUGGCUUUCUCGCUAGUGACUGGUAUAAACCAUGCCAUGGCCAGGCUGGUGGACAUCUGGGAUAGCAUGGGCAUUAUGGAGGAGCAGAGGGUAGAGCGGAUGGAGACGGUGAAGAAACACAUUGAGGGCCUUUUGAAUGACAUGAUCACUGAGGAGGAAGCUUUGAAGCACCGCAUCCGAACCAAUAUCAUCACUUUUGAAAAACAGUUGGAUACCUUGUGUCUGGAAAUGUCAAUGGAUCCAUACAAAUUGGAGGAGGGUCUGACAGUCCUCCAGAUCGAGAAGAACCUGCGUCUGCGUAUGGAGGUUCUGACCAAGGAGAAGGGGGACCGUUUGAAGGAGCUACACGGACUGCAGCAGCAGGAUAAGGAACUGUGCUUGGAGCUGUGCGUCACUCCCUAUUAUGUUCCCACAGGCAGCAUGCCCUCACGCACUCAGCUGCAGGAGCUCCGGGAGCACCUCAAGACCCUCAGUGAAGAAAAGAAGAGUCGUGCAAAGGUGUUCUCGGGGCUGCGUGAGGACAUCAGGAAGCUCAUGGAGGACAUGGGUCAUAAACCAGAAACCAGUCUGGAGAAGGAGUCGGUGUGUCACGGCGAGGAGAUAUUCCUGCUCACGCAUGAAAACAUCAAAGCCCUCCAACUGCUGUUGUCCCAGAUGAAGGUCAAGAAGGAAUCCCUGAUGAAUACUCUGGCUGAGCUGAAAGAACGAGCUAUGUGCCUGUGGAAUCGUCUGGAAGCGCUGGAGCAAGAUCGCACUGCGUUCCAGGAGAGUGUGCAGGGUACCCUUUCUGACCAAAUCACACAGUGGCAGGGGGAGGUUGACUGUCUGACAGUCCUGCAGAAAGCCAUGUUGGAGGAUGUGAUUGACAAGGUCCGACAGGAACUAGUGGCUCUCUGGGACAAGUGCAACCAGGGCCCUGAGCAGCGUGAACCCUUCAACGCCCACAUCUGUGACGAUGACUUCACAGAGGAAUUGUUGGCACUACAUGACGCUGAGCUAUUGAAGGUGAAGAAUUACUAUGACCAGGCUAAACCCUUACUGGAGGUUCUGCAGAAAUGGGAGAAGUACUGGGCCCUCUUCCAGGACUUUGAGAAAAAGGCCAAUGAUCCAAACCGCUUCUCCAACAGAGGAGGAGCCCUUCUCAAAGAGGCCAAAGAGAAGGUCAAAGUUCAGAAGAUGUUGCCAAAGUUGGAGGAAGAGCUGAGGACUGGUGUUGAGAGCUGGGAGAAGGACCAGGGUUCUGCCUUCCUGGUCCAGGGCCAGAGAGUCAUGACCUACAUCUCCAGCCAAUGGGAGGAGCACAAACAGCAGAGGGGCAAGGAGAAGAGUGAACGUGCCAUUACAUCAAAGAAGGGGGAAAUGACAACUCUCUUCAAAACUCCCACGAAGAGGGCCCAUGGCGGGAUGAACACCCUCACCCCCAACAAGAUCAGGAAGCAGACUCCUGCCCAGCCUAUCAUGGUGCGCUCCGUCAGCUGCAGCUCAUCCAGCACCUUCAUCAGUGUGCCUAGCAGCAAGCCUCCUCUCUCCCAGGUUCAGAUGCAGAAAACCAAGUCCCUUGAGAGAAGCAACAGCAGCAGUAGACAGAGAACACCCCUGCAGGAGUACAACGGUACAGAGGGGAAAAAACCUGUUGACAUCAGCUACUCUGACUUCACUGGUGACCUGUUCAAAAAGCCAAAUGAUGCAGUUUUCAAUUCGACAGCAAAGGACCUUUUCUGAUUUUUCUCAUGAUGGUCCCCACGUUUUGUGUGGACAAUUCACCCCGCACAGGUUGUGGUGUGUCCACUUGGCACUCCUCUCGUGUAUAUAUGGCCGGUGUUUGUAAUGGUCAGUGAGCAUUUCAGGUAAUGCAAGUCUUUGUUAUCUUGAUGUAAAUCAUUUUUUGUAGUUGGUGUUGCUCUUACUUUGAAAUGUGACCAAUUUUGCCUUUUUGUAUAGUAAUGCUUAUUUUAGACACCCUGUAUGGAAGUGAAUAGGUCUAAAGGGACUGUAUGUGUCAGGUGUGGAUGAAACAUCAUAAAGCCAUGUUUUCCAGUUAUUAAUACUGUGCAGUCCAGGGAAGUGAAUCACAAGUUUAAUACGGUAGAGCCCCUUAGAUGUUACAUGCAGUACUUUUGAGAUUCCUUUUGAUAUUUGACUUGUUUAUAAAUGGCCAGGCUCCACCAGAGGAAGCAUCCUGUUCUGAUACAGACCUUCCAGCAGAACUACAUGCAGCUCUUUCUGUAUGUAAAUAUUGCUCUCUUGAAAAUAUACUUUUCUUAUUGCACAUGCGUUCUUGACAAUGUGUUUUGUCUUGACGUGUGCCUUGUCUUGUCAACAUGUGCCUGUUUAUUUUAUAUUUUGACUUAAUUAAUAAAUAUAUAUAUUUCAAUAUGA